AUAAAUACUUUUGGAGGGAAUUCCGUUUGUUAAACAUACCUGAAAGUUGCAUAAAAUUUAUAUAAAGAAAGUUUAAUCAUGGCUCAGACGACUAUUACGACGUUUUUCAAUAGUCGAAAACGGCCAGCAUCAGAAGAUCUCGUAAAUACAAAGCAUAAACUAGCUCAUAUUGAGCGUAUUCCAGAUAACCACAAAGAAAGUGAACGAAAGUAUUCAUCACUUAAGAAUAAUGAUGUGGACAAUAAUAACUUGAAGGCCAACUUUACCAGUACAAAAGUGUUGAAGACGGAUAAAAAGGAUAAAACAGAAUGCCAUACAACUACCUCAAAUGGCCUUAUAAAAACAAACCAAGUUGAAGCAUUUGCUAAAAAAGUUAAUGCUAACAAUAUACCUAAACCAUUGAUUUCUUCAGAAACAGUCUCAUUGAGUACUGCUCGUAAGGAGUUGAAUUUGGGAGCUAAACCCUCUAUUCCUUCAGAAAAGGUUACAAGUUCCGCUCGAAAGGAGUUAAGCUUGGGGACUAAACCAUCAGUUUCAUUGAAUUCUUCUCGUAAGGAAUUAAGUUUGGGAGAGAUACGAAAGAAAUUAGCUAGUAGCUCUAGACUCGCGGAAAUAAAAGCAACUGCUGAACGUCUUAGUAAAAGUAUUCCACAAUGCUUAGAAGGAAAACAUAAACAAAACCUAAAAGAAUUUAAGUCAAUUGAUGUGGACGUACCUGUAAGUUCAAGUAAAGUUAACAAGGGUUUAUCAACACCUAAGAAGGAGGCAAAAUCAGAAGUCCAGAUACAAAGACCUAUUAUCUCACCAAGAAAAGUUCUUGUCAGCCCCAUCAAGAGCCCUAAUAAGGUGCCGGCAUUUAUUAAAUUUGCAUCAUUAAGCUCUUCAACUGCCUCCGAGUCUCACAGCAGUCUCCCGCUUCCCUACCAAUACAGAUUUGUUGGAGAACUCUUCAGAAGCAUGGAAACAAUUGUAGGCAUGCUGUACAGUAGAAAUGAAAAAAUCACCUUCACAAAACUACAACCUUCAAUCCAAGAGAUGCUCAAACGAAGAUUUACACUAAAACAUUUAGCGCAAAUCAAACAUCUAGUACCAGACUUUUAUAAUUACAGUGUUGAGAAAGUUAGAAGCUUCACAGCUUCAUGUCAAAAGGAGACAUAUGAAUUGGUAAUAUCACCGAAUCUCCCUAAUGAAAUUAAGACAAUGAACUUAAGUGUUCUGUUAGAGAGACGAAGAUAUUUCUUCAAUACCUUACUCCAAAUGGUGAAGAAAAACCAUGCGCUAUUCCUAUCAACCCUAGACCCUCCGAUGGAAAUACCUGAAGACAAAUUAGUUCGUUGGCAUCCGGAAUUCGAUAUUGAGAAAUUACCUGAAAUUCCAUGUGCCAAAUUACCAGAGAUGCCAAAUGCUGAGAAGAUAACCUCAGCUCAAGACGUCCUUGCUAAAGCUCGCGAAUUAUUUAAAUGCAAUCCGAAGAUGGGUAAAGCUUUAGAAAAAUUAACGGCAGCAAAAGUGAAUGAACAAACCGAAAAGCCUGUUGCUGAUAAUAUGCCAAGUACUUCUACGAAAGAAACUAGUCAAAAUCCACCUACAUUUUUAAAUCCCGCAUUUAAAGGAUUACCUACAAGUUUAUUAGAAAAAGUUAAAGCAAAACAAGCAGCUAAAGCCUUACAAUCAAUGAUGAAAACAACAGAAAAAGAACAACAAUUCUACAUUUACAGUGGCUUACCGGAUUUAGCUAAAACAAUAAGAAAUGUAUUUGUAUCUGAACGGAAAAAUGUUCUAGCCCUAAACAUUGUUCUUUCCAAAUUAGACUGUAGUUAUAAAACCUCCGCAACCGAUCUACAAAGAGAUAUCAAAUUGUUAACAGAAAAAGUACCCGAUUGGAUCAAAUUGCAUGAAAUUAGAAAUACAACAUAUUUAAAAAUAGAUAAAAACCGUGAUUUAAAAGAAAUAAUAACACAAUUAGAAGCCUUAGCAGCGGAGUUCAAAACUGAUUAAUCCAAGCUAAGGGAAUAUAGGUUUAUUCUGAAUGAUCAUUUUCUAUGUUUUUAGCAUAUUUUGAUUGUUCAAUUUUGACUUUAUUGGUUAAAACUUAACUCAUCUUUUAAUUUUCGUAUUUCUUAUUUAGUGUGUACUAGUUUUCAAUUGACUUAAAAUUGAAAAUAUUUUUUUAUUAAAAAAAGCACUUAAAUACUAAUUCUAUAAUGAAUAUUUUCAGUUUUACGAGGUUUUAUCUUUCUAUUUAUUUUACUUAAUUUUAUUGUAAUACAUAAGUGACUUAGGAUAAGCAAUCGACUGACAAUAAUCGUGUUUGAUUAUUAUAAGAAAAAAACUAAAUAAAGUGUAAUAAGUAAAUAGAUCUUUAAUGUCUUCAUAAUUACGUCCAGGUACAAAUCAAUUUUAAAGUAGACUAAUGUACACUUGAUUACAUCUCAAAAAUUGUUGCAUUUAUUGAAAAAAAUAUUUAGGCUAUCUCCAAUUGUUUUUUUUUUCGAGUUCAGACAUUAAAAUACUUCAUAGAUAUUUAAAUUAUAUAAGAAAAUAUGCUUGUGCUUUGUGACAAUCACAAAACGUCACCGUAAGGUGAUCUAAAUUAAGUUUUAGCAUAAAAGGAUUAUUUUCA